AUGGAAGCAUGUUUGCCAUCCGAACAGAGUCGUAAUUCCGUUCUUCACGUCGAGGUUCGGGUCAAAGCAGCGGCGGACCAUGUUAUUGUUCGAACGGACAUCAUUCGCGAUGAAAUGAGAGCAUGGCUAAUCGAGAACUUCGCCGUCCUGUCUUUAGGCCAGGAAAUCAUCUCAUUCGACAGUUUCAACAGCGCCUACGCGGAAUAUCUCGAAGCAGUGAGAGUAGUCGAAUGUACGGGUCUGAUCAAGGAAGGCGGAGCGUACCAUCUGUCCGAGGUGAAUCUCGAUGUCCAGGCAUACCAGCUUCAACCCUCAUGCCUCGAGUCGUCGUCCCAAACGCAGGGAGCCACAGACCCGGCAUCGGACGAGGAGGCACUCCAGGCCCGCAUCAUUUCCUUGCCAAACGAAGAACUGGACGGGCUCUGGGAAUCGCUCCUCUUUGACGUUCCAAUACACUCAAAUCUCCUCCGAGUAGCAGGUCGGAUGAUUUCUUUGCCGUGGCGGAAACUCAACACAUGGACAAUCAACUGGAAUCGACUAAUCCUCCUCUAUGGGCCUCCGGGAACCGGGAAAACAAGUUUAUGGCAAGUCCGAGCACUGGCGCAAAAACUAGCCAUCCGCCUGGGAAAACAGUUUCCACAAAGCAAGCUUGUGGAAAUCAAUGCAAUCUCGCUGAGCAGCAAGUACUUCAGCGAGAGCGGCAAGCUCGUCGCAAAGAUGUUCGAAAAUGUUGAGACGCUUCUCAAGGAGGAGCCAGAAAUCCUGAUGUGCGUUUUCAUCGAUGAAGUAGAGACGAUAACGGCCAACAGGGAGCAAUCUCUCAAGGGAAACGACCCGCCAGACGCCAUGCGGGCCGUAAAUUCCCUGCUUACCGCACUAGAUCGGCUGAGGCAGCAUCCGAACGUCCUCGUGCUCUGUACCAGCAAUCUCAUCAACGCCCUGGACUCUGCGUUUUUAGACCGAGUGGACAUCAAGCAAUUCGUCCCGUUGCCGUCCGUGAGAGGGGUAUACGAGAUAUUCCGGAGCUGUCUGGAGAACCUCAGUCAAUGCGGGUUGAUCGAGGGGGCAACCUUCGAGGUAGUGCAGCGCGAUACAGGGAGUCCAGGCCCGGGUUUGGAGUACAUGACUCGACCAGCGGAGGCUCUGGGCAUCCCGAGGUACGAGAUGGCUCUGUGGUACCGCCUGUUCUCGCGAUCGAUCCCAAAGCGCCUUGAGAACAUUGCAGAGGCUAGCGUGGGGCUGAGUGGCCGUACGCUGAGAAGAAUCCCAGCCCUGUCGUUGGUCCUGUACACCACGGGUGCGUGCUGCAGCGUCGACGAGGCCGUGGAUGCGCUGGAGCAGGGAGUCGAGGAGGAGCUGCGGAUCCGGCAAGCGGCGCAGGAAGGGCAGCAGACGGCAGAGCGUCGUGGAAUGUACGGAGUAGUUUAG